UAUAGCACUAACCAUACACGCAUGUCACCAGCCAAUCCGAGAUGACCACUAUUAAAGCUAAAUGCAAAAUCGCCUGUAAAUCCUGCAACUUGCGCCGGGUCAAAUGUGAUCGGACUGAGGAUACACCAUGCACAUUUUGCCGACUAGCCGGGCAAGACUGCCAGCCCAUUGUCUCAAGACGUGGAAAGUACAAACGAAAUUAUAAUAAUCCUCUGGGUACUCAGUCAGCACUUCGUCGGUCUUCGCGCAAGCAGCAAAAUGAAACCAUUGGUGACACGAAUACUACUCCCGAUACACAAGCGUGUGGCUCUUUCAUCCCUCAGCCCAGCGUUCCAUCACAGAGGCAAGAUUGUCAAUAUUCUUCGACGCGCUCGGACAGUAAAGUAGUAUACUAUGGUGAUUCUUUCAACCUCGACUAUAUGCUGCAUCAGAUGGGAGACCCUUUGGGAACUGCUCGUAAUGGUCGCACAUGGGAGGACACCAUUGAGCACUUAUACUUCAACCAACUAGGCCAAUCAACAAAAGCCCAAAUAGAAGAGCAUUCUCAAAAGGAGCGUCUAAAUUUGAGAGAUAUUGGUGCGCUGAAACCUUUCGAGAAGAAUGUCAGUGACGACCUGAUUAGAGUCUUUUUCAGGGUGUGGUACCCUCAAUGUCCCAUCUUUGAUCGAGCAACCUUUCAGCUCAAGUACGAAGCUGGGAGAGUCUCGCCGCUGGUUCUACAGGCUGUAUAUUUUUUGGCCCUCAGUGUUUGUAACGAGGCGAUUUAUAAGCGGGCUGGGUUUGAAAAUAGGUACCUGGCUACAUUUACAUGUUAUCAAAGAGCGAAAGCGCUAUACGAUACAAACUAUGAAUCCGACGCCAUAGGGACUCUUCAAGCGGUCUACCUGUUGUCUUUCUGGUGGGGAAGUCCGAUGGAACAGAAGGACAUGUGGCAUUGGACUGGUGUUGCAAGUGCUUUGGCACAGUCUCUGGGGCUGCAUCAACGGAAGACUUAUGUGGGUUUAAGUGAAAUGAAUAGAAGACUUCUGAGGCGUAUUUGGUGGACGAUCUAUGCCCAUGACAUCUCGGUAGCACUUAUGCUUGGACGGACUCCGCACAUCAACGAUGCAUACUGCAGCGUAGAGAUGCUGGGUGAGGCUGAUUUCGAAACGGACGAUGGCCUGAUUAACGUUGAUUUAUUUGGGAAGCCUACACGCGAAAGUCAACUGUUCAAUAUUUACAUAGCUGAAUUGUGCUCGCGAACCAGCAACUGUUGGCUGAGCAUAUCUGGGGCAGAUGUCAAUAAAUCAGAGAGUCUUAACACCCUGGAUCCUCUUACAAAUUGGAAAGCUUCCCUUCCCAAGGAAUUACAACAACAAGAAGCAUCAAUUUCUGAGGAAAAUGGUUUUUGGGCUUCUCUGAUUAACCUAACCUACUCCACCAUGCGCAUCCUAUUAGACCGGAAUGGUUUCAAUGAUCCUGACAGGCUGAAGAUCGGAACAGUUGUGUUUGAUGCAGCAGUGCAGAUCGUGCGAAUAUUGGAGGAUAUUGUAACAUCACAGCUCCUACCCUUUGCUUUGGGGCGUAGUCCACCGGCUGCUUUCGCCGCGCUCUCGGUUCAAAUUGCAAACAUGCGUGGAUGUCCAUCGCAUGUGGUUGAUGUUUCAAAGCAUAGAGCCCGUCUCUGUAUGUUUAUCAUAAAGAGGCUGCAAGACCACUCCCCCCCACUCUUGUGGUACUAUCGUCUUUUCGUCCGCCUAUUGCAUAGCAUGGAUUGUGAGAUUCCGGGAGAAGAAAGUCAAGAAACCUCUGCCCAAUUUGCCCGUCACGAUCAGCGCAUACAUAGCCUGCCACUACUUACGGAUACUGUCCUUGACAACAAUCGAUUUGAAGAAGACUUUCCACCAGGUUCUGGAGCUAAUCAUAGUGCCAAUGACCAGCUAUCCGGCGAUCCAGCGUUUAUCGAUUUUGGCCUACCUGGAACGGCGGGAUCGUUUAUGUACUCCAGCUUUCUUAACAGCGACCUAUUUGACGGGGCAUCAACCGACAUUGGAAGCCAUAUAUAGCUUCGAUUCGUGUCUUUCAUAAAACCAUAUUAACGCUACUCGAGCGCCUCGAUGACAAGUUUUAUUCGACC